AUGGGCUCGGUUUUCCCCGCCGACGCGCUGAGGAUGAAGUCCGGCUUCAAGUCUCCAAAUCUGUCUCUGUGUGAAAUCAUCACCUCGGAUGUCCUGCACAGCUUUCUGUACGGGAGAUGGAGGAACGUCUCCGAAGACAAGCCGCAGCAUCCCUUCAGCAAAACCGCGUUCACCGCUGAGGUCCUGGCGCAGUCCUUCUCCGGAGAGGUCCAGAAGUUGUCCAGCUUGGUGCUGCCCAGUGAGGUGAUCAUCGCUCAGAGCUCCAUCCCUGGAGAAGGCCUGGGCAUUUUCUCCAAGACGUGGAUCAAAGCCGGGACCGAGAUGGGUCCGUUCACUGGCCGCGUCCUCUAUCCCCAGCACGUGGACCUGCUCAAGAACAACAACCUCAUGUGGGAGGUGUUUAAUGAGGAUGGGACGGUGCGCUGCUUCAUAGAUGCGAGUCAGGAGGACCAACGCAGCUGGAUGACCUACAUCAAGUGUGCAAGGAACGAGCAGGAGCAGAACCUGGAGGUGGUGCAGAUCGGCAGCAGCAUCUUCUACAAGGCUGUGGAGUUGAAGCUUAACUCUAAAAAGAUUCCUCUAACAAAAGUCAAAAAUCUCACCCUGUCGUCUAUUUUCUUUUCAGAUGAUUCCCACUCAAGCGACAGCAAUCCUUCUACCUCGCCUCCAUCCAUGUCCUCGUUGGCGUCCAGCCGCAUGCGCUGCGUCAUCUGUCACCGUGGCUUCAACUCACGCAGCAACCUGCGCUCUCACAUGCGCAUCCACACACUGGACAAACCCUUCGCGUGUCGCUUCUGCAACCGGCGCUUCAGCCAGUCGUCCACGCUGCGCAACCACGUGCGCCUGCACACCGGCGAGCGCCCCUACAAGUGCCACGUGUGCCAGAGCGCCUACUCGCAGCUGGCAGGACUCCGGGCGCACCAGAAGAGCGCCAGGCACCGGCCAGCAGGCAACAACACAGAAACCAGGCGGCCGUCUCCUGCCUCUCCAUCACAGGUGGCCUCCAUGGCGCAGACGGUGCCGCUGGUGCACCACAUAGCCACCAUGGUGCUCUGA